UCUCAUUUGCACGAGAAUGACAACUCUUGCUUUUCAUCUAAGAAAGCUUUGAAUUUAUUAGUAUCCAUCCCUAGUGCAUUGAGAAACUCUCCAUACAUUGCAACCCUCACUGGCUUUAACAAACUCCAGCUCUCUGCCCUCCUCUGCUAUGCAGGCUCUGUUCUCAAGGCUCCAACAACUAAAUCACGAUGAAGGCGACGAGGGCAGAACGGGGUCGUUUCAUAAUUUCUUCUUUCGUCUUCAUCUGUUUCUUGUGUGCCUUGGCUUCUAUAAACGAAGUACGGUAUGAAAGUCUUCUGAAAUUUGGCCGAUGUGCUCUUGCCAACAUGAACAUGCCCUCUAAGCUCAAUGCUUCAGCAUCAAAUACUUUGCUUGCGCAGAGCUCUUCCUCCGAUGAUGAAAUUCGUAUACUUUUCGGCAUUCUAACGCUUCCUGACCAAUACCAGCGCCGCCACUUCCUGCGUUUAAUCUACGGCACGCAGACUCCGGUGGGGGCGAAAGUGGACGUGAAAUUUGUGUUCUGCAACCUCACAAAGGAAGACCAGAAAGUACUUGUUGCAUUAGAAAUAAUGCGUUACGAUGAUAUUAUCAUUCUGGAUUGCCAAGAGAAUAUGAACAAGGGUAAGACUUACACCUACUUUUCGAGCUUGCCCGAGAUGUUCAACGACACAGAGGGGCCUAAUCCGCCCUACCAUUAUGUGAUGAAAACCGAUGACGAUGCUUAUUUUAGGCUGCAGAGCUUGGUGGACUCUUUGAAGCCGUUGCCUAGAGAAGACUUGUACUAUGGUUAUGUUAUCCCAUGCCCAAGUAUGGACCCUUUUGUGCAUUACAUGUCUGGCAUGGGGUAUUUGAUUUCUUGGGACAUAGUGGAGUGGAUCAGAGAGUCUGAUAUCCCUAAGAACCAUUUGGAAGGGCCGGAGGAUAAAAUUUUCGGGUAUUGGAUGCGAGACGGGCAUCGUGCUAAGAACAGAUUCAAUGCUAAGUGGUCUAUGUACAACUUUCCUGAGCCUCCGACAAGAUGUACACAUGAGCUUUGGCCGGACACAAUUGCAGUUCAUUUGUUGAAGAAUCAAGAGAAGUGGAUUAGAACAUUGAAGUAUUUCAAUGUCACUGAUAAUCUCAAGCCUUCCAAAUUGUACCACAUACCAUAGAUAAUAUAUACCUGAACAGUUUACUUUU